AUGGUCGUCGUGGACACCGCAGGGCCUCUGGGUGAGCCCCGCGCCCACGGCCUUGUACCCCGCCACGCUCGCGAUGCCGCCUUCAUCGAUGGCAAACUGGUCUUCACCUCUCAACGCGGCAGCGAGUCCCUCCGCGCCGAGGAGAUCCUUUUUAUCAUUCCCGCGAGCAGCCGACCGGCGUCGGGUCCCAUCAUCUGCGCCCUGAGGGAAGACCCCGAGGCCAAGGAAUCCCCUUAUCAGCUCGACAUCCUGCUCGUCGAGGGCGAGCUGCCCGCGGGGCUCACCAGCAGCGGCCUUCUGCUCCCGCAAUUCCCGGACCAUCUCGCCCCCAAAUCGGGAGCCCACGAUGUACACUUUAUCGUCUCUACCAUGGCGGGGCUGGGACACGCGCCCACGUUCUGGGAUGGCGUUGUUCAGCCUCUGCUGCUGCUUGCGGGUCAAAAGACAUCGUCUGGAGACCUUGCAAACACUUUCGCCGCCUCGGAGGGGCUGCCUGCUUCUUCCCAGAACGGCUCUCGACUCCCUGCCAACUUCAACGUCCUGGUGACGGAGAAUGCCGACAGCGUUCGCACCUUUGCAAAGGAGAGGUGGGCCGCCAGACAAGCCGCCUCGAGCGAGGCCUCACCCCGAACCGAGACGAUCAUCCUUCUCAGCGGCGACGGCGGCGUCGUCGACCUCCUAAACGGGUGCGAGGAAGUAGAAUCCGCCACCGCCCUGUCGACCAUCGCCCUUCUACCGCUCGGCACAGGCAACGCCUGCUUCCACUCCCUCCACCAACCCCUCUAUACCGAGACGGGCCCCUCGCACAUGGUCCUCGGCAUACGCACACUCUUCUUUGGCACCCCAGCCCCGCUGCCCAGCUUUCGCGCUUCCUUCUCUCCGGGCGCCCGGCUAAUCUCCUACACGGCCGACCCGGGCCCGCAUGCGCCGGGCGAUGCGGCGCUCUCCCGGCACGACACGAGCGUCGACCACCUGUUCGGCGCCAUCGUCGCCAGCUACGGCUUCCACGCCCAGCUGGUCUGGGAGAGCGACACGCCCGAGUACCGCAAGCACGGCAACAAGCGCUUCGGCAUGGUCGCGCAGGAGCUGCUAAAGGAGAGCCACGCGUACGUCGCCGCGGUCGAGGUGCGGGGCCCCGGUGGCAACGAGCGGAGGCGCGUGGAGCGCGAGAGGUUCGGGUACGCGCUCGCGGCCAUAGUAUCGAACCUGGAGAAGACGUUCACCAUUGCGCCUGACAGCGGGCCGUUGCAGGGGCGGCUGAAGCUGGUGCACUUUGGGGCCGUCGGCGGGGACAAGACGAUGGAGAUCAUGAUGGCCGCCUACAAGCAGGGGUCACAUGUGGGCAUGAGGUGGACGAAUGCGGAGGGGAAGGAGGACUAUGUCGGGUACGAGGAUGCCGAGGAGAUUAGGGUGACGAUUGGUGAAAAGGAUCCGCGUUGGCGGAAGGUGUGCAUCGACGGGACCAUUGUCGAGAUCCCCGAGGGCGGGUGGAUGGCUGUCGAGACGCUGGAGAGGCCGCUUUUCAGGAUCCUUGCUGAUCGGUCGGUGUUGUAG